UCUUGGAGAUUUUUCCAUGUUAUUACAUUAUGUAGAUAUAAUCCUUUAAUCUACUGAUUAGUAUUACAAUAUAAGGGUCUACUAUGAGUUAUUUAACCAUACUCUCAUUAGUGGGCUUUUACUUACUGUAAUUAGUGUUUUUCUGUUGCAAACAGUACAUCCUGUACACACCCCAUGUGUAUAUAUACAAGUAUUUCUCUAAGGUAAAUACAUAAAGGUAGAAUUACUGAACUGAAAAGUAUGUAUGUUUUUAAUUUUAUUAGAGGCUACCAAAUUUCCUACAAAAAAGCUGUGUCAGUUGGCACUUCUACGAACCGUAUAUCGUGGCAUUCUGUGCCCCCCAUAGUCUUGCUAGCAUAGGAUAAUAAAUGUUUUCUUAAUUUUGAUGGGAGACAAAUAAGAAGAUAUUGUUUUAGUUUAUAUCUUUUCAUAUGCUUAUAAGCCAUAUGCAUAAUUUUCUUUUAUGAUUACUGUUUUAUAUCCUUUGUCAAUUUUUCUGUUGGGUUAUUGAUUCUUCUUUUAUAUUGAUUUUUAGAAACUCAUAUAUUAUGGGCAAAGUACUUGUUGUAUAUGUUCUAAUAUUUCCCCUCUGUCUGUAGCUUACCAUUUAGCUUUUUAACAAUUAAUUAACUUUAUCUUUUAGAGCAGUUUUAGAGUCACAGAAAAACUGAUGGAAAGUACCGUGAGUUCCAACAUACCGCCUGUCCCCAUACAUGCAGAACCUCCUCGACUGUCCACAUCCUGCAGCACAGUGGUGCAUUUGUUACAAUCAAUGCUCUACAGUGACACAUCAUUAUCACCCAAAGUCUGUAGUUUACAUUACGCUUGACUCUUGGCAUUUAAACUUUCAUAUGAUGUAUUUUAUUUUAUUGAAAUUUAAAACUUAAAUGAAGGCAACUUUAUCAAUUUUUUUUUCUUAAGACUUUCUAAAUUUUUUAUUUUGACCAGGUUUUUUAGUACUCCUGUUUCAAGAUUAUUAUCAUAGCCCCUCUAUAAUUUCUUGUAGUAUUUUUUUAAUUUAAAAAUUUUAUAUUAGCUCUUUAAUUGAAGGGGGUCAUGGAGUGGGUUAGGGAAUUAACGUUUAUCCACUAAUGGUCAGUUUUUGCAAAACCAUUUAAAAUGGUACUUUUAUCAUAAACAAAAUUCCUGUAUAUAUAGUCUAUUUCCUGAUUCUCUAUUCUUUUAUGAAGGCAUCUGUCUGACUUGCACAAUAUUUUUGAAAAAAGUAACAGUUUUAUUGAAGUAUAAUUGGAUACAAUGUCAGAAAACAAAUUUGGACCUAGAUAAGGAAAGGCUUUAUUCAGAAGAAAGACUAUUGUAAUAGGGAGAACACUCUGAUCUCAUAAAUCUGGAAGCGUUUCAAAAUCAAACAGAAAAAGAUUUUUCUUUUAUAGGGUAAAGGUGGGGGCAAGCAGAGAUAAGCAGAAUCUUUUAAGGGGAAGCUGGAUAAGUAAGGGGAAAUGACCAGCAAGAUCUGAUAGGAGAGUGACCUGCUGUGGUCAGCUGAUUUCCAGGAGAAGCUGAAGGAGAGGAGGGGCACUUUCUCUUUUUUUGUGGGGACAAGCAGAGUUCAGGGGCCUUGCUAAGGUUUGGGUAAGACAAAGCAAAAGGUAAGAAAUAGGCAGUUAUGAACACUUGGUCAACAAUAAACUACACACGUUUAAAGCACACAAGUUGAUGAGUUUUGACAUAUGCAUACAUAUAUGAAACCAUCACCACAGUCAAGAUAAUGAACAUAUCAUCAGCCUUGAAAGUUCUUUGUGACCCUUGGUAAUCCCUUCUUCCCACCCCUUUUUGUUCCUCCAUCCUUCUGAGGCAAUCAGCAAUCUGCUUCCUGUCAUUAUACAUUGGUGUGCAUUUCCUAGAGUUUCAUAUAAGUGGAACGACACUUUUUUUCUGGCUUCAUUCACUCGGCAUAAUUACUUUGUGAUUCAUCAUGUUGCUACUGUGUCAGUAGUUCAUUCCUUUUUAUUGUUGUUUAUGGUUGAGUAGUAUGGAUAGACUACAGUUUAUCUAUUCAUCUGUUGAUGUAUAUUUGGGCCAUUUCCAGUUUUUGGCUAUUACACAUAAAGCUGCUGUGAACAUUUACAUACAAGUCUUUAUAUGGACUUAUGUUUUCAUUUCUCUUGGGUAAAUACCUUGGAGUGAGAUGACUGGGUCAUAUGGUGGUGUAUAUUUAACUUUUCAAGAAUUUACAAACUGUUUUCCAAAGUGGUUGUACCAUAUUACAUUCCCAGUACUAGUGUAUGAGAGUUCUAGUUCUUUCACAUUCUUGCCACCACUUCAUAUGGUCAGUCUUUUCAAUUUUAGCCAUUCUAUUAGGUGUGACGUUGUGCCUCAUUGAGGUUUUAAUUUGAAUUUCCCUAAUGACUAGUAAUAUUGAACAUGUUUUCAUGUGCUUAUUUGCCAUCUGUUUAUCUUUUUUGGUUACAUGUCUGUUAAACUCUUUUCUCCAUUUUAAAGAUUGGGUUAUUUUCUUAUUAUUGAGUUUUGAGAGUACUUCUUAUAUUCUGGUUACAAGUCCUUUAUCAGAUAUAUGGUGUGCAAAUAUAUUCUCCCAAUCUGUAGCUUGACUUUUAAUUACCUUAACAGUAUCUUUUGAAGAGUAGACAUUUUAUAUUUUGGUGAAGCCCAUUUUAUCAAUUUGUGCUUUUGUGUGUUGUGCUUUUGGUGUUGUAUCUAAGAAAUCUUUGCCUAAUCCAAGGUUGGAAAAGUUUUCUCCUAGAAGCUUUAUAGUUUUAGGUUUUACAUUUAGAUCUAUGAUCCAUUCUAACUUAAUUUUUUGUAUGGUGCUAGGUAUAGACUAUAGCUCAUUUAUUUUAACAUUUUUAUUUUGAAAUAAUUAUAAACUGACAGGAAGUUGCAAAUGUAUUUUUCACCCAGUUUUCCCUAAAGGUGACAUCUUAUACAGCUGUAGUACAGUAUAAAACCCAGGACAUUGACAUUGGUACUUUAACUAGAUUGCAGACUUUAUUCAGUUUUUACCAUUUUUAACCUGCAUUUGUGUGUGUGUCAAUGUAGUUUUAUCCCCUAUAUAGAUUUAUGUAACCACCACCUCAGUUAAAAUACAGAAGUAUUCCAUCACCACAAAAGAACUCCCUCCUGCUACCUCUUUGUAUUCACACCCACCCCAGCUCCAGCCCUUAUCCUUGUCCCUGGCUACCUCUUAUGUGUUCUCCAUCUGUGGUUUUGCCAUUUCAAUAAUGUUGUAUAAAUGGAAUCAUACAAUAUAUAACCUUUUGAGACUGAGUUUUUCACUAAGUUUAAUGCCUUUGAGGUCAAUCUAGGUUGUUGCAUGUAUUAAUACUUCAUUCCUUUUUAUUGCUGAGUAAUAUUCCAUUGUAUCGCCAUUACUGCAGAGAACUUGGAAUAAUGUUUAUGCUGGUAUUUCUACUAGCCCAGAGGUCCUGUCUGGAGUUUGUUUAAACAUUCACUCAUCAAAGGACAUUUGGGUUGUUUCUAACAUUUUGCUAUUAUGAAUAAAGCUGCUAUGAAUGUAUUUCAUUGUUUAUCAUCAAAGAAUUAAAGAAAAAUAUGGUCUUCAUCAGUAAACAGAUAAAGAAUCUUAGCAGAGAAAUGUAAACUAAAAAAGGACCAAAUGGAAAUUAUAGAACUAAAAAGUCUAAUAAAUGAAAGAUUCACUGAAUAGAAUUAAUAAUAGACUAAGAUGGCAGAAAAAAGAGUCAAUGAACAUGAAGUAGGGAAAAAGAAAUAAUCCAAUCUAAAGAACAAAAUAGGAAAGGUUAAAGAAAAGUCAACAGAGCAUCAGGGACAUGUAGGCAAUAUCAAAUAGUAUCAUGUAACUAUAAGUGAAAUCCCAGGAGGAGAGUGAGAAUGAGAGGGAAAAAAUAUUUAAAGAAAUAAUGGCUGAAAAUUUCCCAAAUUAAGGAAGAACAUUGAGUUACAAUUCCAAAAUAGUAAGUGAAUCCAAAUCAGAAUGUUUACAAGGAAAGUUCACCGAGGCACAUUGUAAUCAAAGUGCUGAGAUAAACAGAAAAUAAUGAAAAAAGCCAGAAGACAAUCGGGAACAAUUAUGUGCAUGGCAGCAGCAGAUUUCUUCUCUGAAACAGUAAGGGCCAGAAGACAGAGGAACAGCGAAUUUACUGUUCUGAAAGGAAAAAACUGUCAACCUAGAAUUAUAUACAUAGGAAAAAUAUGCUUCAAAAAUUAAGGAAAGCUUCUUUCCCCUGCACCUCUCUCUUCCUCUCCCCUAUCUUCUCUCCCUUUUCCCCUUCUCCUUCCCUUCUCAAACAAUUCAGACCUGAAGACGUUAGUUGGAACAUAAGAGAGUAGGUAUCUCUGUGGGUGGGAGGUUGGGGAGGUGUGCGGAGCCACAGUGGCUCAAAGUGGAGUGAGAGAAGGCAAGUUAGAUACAAAGAAUGGUCACAUAAGGUGAAGACCCACCCAACAGAGAAGUCAGACUGAGCAUGGAGAGAAAUGCAUUCAUGGAUGCUUAAUUUCCUGUGAUCAUUAAGCAUACUGUUAUGGACUGAAUGUGUCCCCCCAAAAUUCAUAUGUUGAAGCCCUAACCGCACCCCCCCACCCUCCCUUGCCCCCAGUGUAUUUGGAGAUGGAGCCGCUAGGGAAGUAAUUAAGGUUAAAUGAGGUCAUAAGGGUGGGGUCCUGAUCUGAUAGGAUUAGUGUCCUUAUAAGAAGAGACACUAGAAUUGUAUGGUGAUGGAUGGUAACUAGACUUAUGGUGAUGAUCACUUUAUAGUGUAUACAAAUACCAAUUAUAUUGUUGUACACCUGAAAUUUAUACAAGGUUAUAUACCAGUUUUACCUUAAAAAAACAAAAACCUCCAGAAAACGUGACCAUGCAGUUUUUGUGGUACCAGCCCUGCCCUUCUCUUGCUUGCUGGGAAUUAUAAAACCCAAGACUGGAAACUAGAACCUACCCUGGGCAGCCUCUCUGAGAAGAUGCAUUGUCUUCCUCUCCCCCUGCUGCUCUUUCUCCUGUGCUCCAGAGCUGAACCUGGAGAGAUCAUCGGGGGCACAGAGUGCAAGGCACACUCCCACCCCUACGUGGCCCACCUGGAAAUUGUCACUCCCCAAGAUGAUCUGGUGAAUUGUGGUGGUUUCCUGAUAAGACAAGAUUUUGUGCUCACAGCUGCUUGCUCCUCAGGAAGGUCUAUAUUGGUCACCCUUGGAGCCCAUAACAUAAAAGAAGAAGACACAUGGCAGAAGCUUGAGGUUAUAAAACAAUUCUCUCAUCCAAAAUAUGAGGGCUUUGUUGUUUGCCAUGACAUCAUGCUACUAAAGUUGAAGGAGCAAGCCAACCUGACCCUGACCGUGGGGACACUCCUUCUUCUACCCCAGUUCUGCUUCAUCCCACCUGAGAGAAGGUGCUGGGUGGCUGGCUGGGGAAUAACCGAAGUGGAGGAAUCAGGCUCCUACACUCUGCAAGAGGUGAAGCUGAGACUUGUGGAUCCCCAGGCCUGCAGACACUUCACAACUUUUGACCACAAUCUCCAGCUGUGUGUUGGCAAUCCCAGGAAGACAAAAUCUACAUUUAAGGGAGACUCAGGGGGCCCUCUUCUGUGUGUUGGAGUGGCCCAGGGCACUGUCUCCUAUGGAUGGUGGGACGCAAAGCCCCCUGCUGUAUUCACCCAGAUCUCCCAUUACCGGCCCUGGAUCAGUGGGGUCCUAAAGUGAAUUAACCUUGGAGCCUGGGCCAGCCUGAGGGGAAGGGAAUCUGGAAUUGGACCUGAGCAGGUUCUCUGUGCCACUCACUCUGGAGCUGCCUCUGGUUCCUGCUGAAGUCCUGUCAUAUCCCUAAGCUUCAAGAAGUUUCUUCCAGGUCACAGAAUUCUCAAUAAACCUCAAUAAAGACCCAGCUUCCAGAAAAAAAAAAAAAAAAAGACACUGGGGAGCUCACCUGUUCUCUCUCUGAACACUUCCCCUGAAGAAAGGCCAUGUGAGCACACAGCAAGAAGGCAGCUGUCUACAAGCCAGGAAGAGAGUCCUCACCAGAAGCCGAAUUGGCUGGAACUUUGAUCUUGGUCCUCUAGCCUCCAGAGCUGUGGCAUAGUAAAUUUCUUUUGUUUAAGCCACCAGUUUAUGGUAUCUUGCCCUGGCAGUCCUAGCAGACUAAAAUACUGUAUGAUUUCAGUCCUUUGAAAUAUGUUGAGACCUAAAUAGUUGUGGCUAAAGAGUCACUGUUGAAUCCGAAAGGAUAGUAAGUGACUGUUUCUAGAGAGUAACUGCUCUAGCCAGGUUAGAAAGAAGUAGAUUUUGUGGUCUAAGAUAAGAAUUUUAUUGAUGGAUAUUGAUGAUGACUCAUUUCUUUAUUGA